CUUCGCGGUUAAGUGCGAAAACGCCUGUCAAGCGGCGUCGGCAGAUACCAAUAGCUCCAGUCAUGAUGAAGAAGGAGCCGUCCAUGGCGGCGGCGAGCGGCGACCCGUUCUACGUCUUCAAGGAUGAACUGGAGAGUAAAGUGUCGGCCGUGAACCAGAAACACGCCAAAUGGCGCGCCAUUCUGGACGCCAAGGACUCACCGGCCGCCAAGGAGCUGCCGGCACUUACGCACCAGAUCGAGAGCGCCGUGUCGACAGCGGAGAAGUCGGUCAAAUUUUUAGAAGAGACCAUCGUCAUGGUAGAGGCCAAUCGAACCAAGUUUGAGCAUAUUGACGCAGCGGAGAUCGCAAGUCGUAAAGCUUUUGUGGCGACCACUCGAAAGGUGGGGAACGUCCUGGAAAUUGCAAGAGAGGAAGGCGUACUGAUGCCUUUUAAACAGGAACUACAAGCUGUUUCAGCCGAGAUUUCGACCGACGCUGUCAAGACUCGGAUUCGCAAGGAAGAACGCAAAGUGAGAAAUUCAGGCUGCAAGGUUAAAGUGUGUUGCGGGCUGACGGAUAAAUUUCAUUUUGCAGUUGAUGCAGUCAGCGAAAUCGUCGACUUCCUUUAGGUCAAAUCUUACGGGGCAAGAAAGAAACGAGCACUUUUUGGAAGAAGAAACACAGAGGCAACAGGUGCGAAUUGUGCUGUUUAACUCUCGGCUUAUAGCAUUUAAUUCACGAGGUAUUGUGACUGGUUACAGCAAAUUAUGCAAGAGCAGGAUCAGAGUUUGGCGGGAUUACACAGUGAUAUCACGCGCUUACAUGGAGUCACAGUGGAGAUCUCGAGCGAAGUCAAGAGCCAGAACAAAAUGCUGGACGAUCUGACUGAUGAUGUGGAAGAAGCUCAGGAGCGAAUGAAUUUUGUCAUGGGACGCUUGAGCAAAAUGUUGAAAACAAAAGAUAAAUGCCAACUAGGCCUCAUCCUCUUCCUAGUGGCAGUGCUCAUCGUCAUGGUCUUCCUGGUCGUGUAUACAUAACGCAGCACUAUUCUCCUUCCGCUGGACGUCAAUAUGAAGCGCUAGCUAGACAACAAGACAGCCUGUGCCGUCAAUAACUAUGUACUGUAACCUGCAAAGUGUCUUACAAGCCAACGCGGCUGUC